AUGCACCGGUCAUCCUCCUUGCCUUGCCUGCACGCGCACGCUGAGGCGCAGACGUCACACCAACAACAACAACAACGGGCAGUCAUCCGGCUUCGGUGCCCGUCUGUGGCAGACUCCCGCCCCCACAGCCUGCACUACCCACGAUCGCCUUCGCCAACCAAGGCCGUCGCCACCGCCCAGAACAAGAAGCCGCAGCCCACCGGCUGCUAUCACCAUUUUGACAUGCACGCGCAGCAGCAUCGCAAGCAGGCCCCCUUCCUGAGCAGGAUGCGGUCCACACACACCUGCGACGCGUGCCCCGACAGCAACGACGCUCUGCAACAAGAACGGCUGCAGCUCGAGCAGGAGCGACGAACAGAGGAGGAACAGCACCAGCACCAGGAGGAACAGGAACAGGAGCAGCACAGCCAGCAGGUCAUCACCAUCACGCCGCCCAGCGCACAUGUGAGUUCGUCCAGCAUCCGCAGCGCAGCAACCUGCGACUGCAGCAGCAGCAGCAGCAGCAGCACCUCAGACACUGCCAGCGCAGCGUCGUCCACCGCAUCAACGCCAACCCGCGGAUCCACCAAUGGUCGCAAUGCGCACGGGAAACAGCUCUUCCCGAAACCCUCCGAGCUCAAGUACCAGUGCAACACCCCGCUUAUGUGGGCAAAGCGCGUGGGCGUGGUCACGUUUGCUGUUCCCGCCGUUGUCGGUGGUGGCGCGCUGGCGCUCGCAGGCGGUGCUGUGCUCAUUCCCUCGCUCGCCAUCGGCCGCUACGUGAAGAACGUGAAGCGGCGGCGGGCUGCGCGGCGACGCAGGCAACAGCAGCGGCACCGGGUCGCCUAUGAACACAUGUCCAUGGAGCAAGCCAUGUGCAAGGCGCUGCGCGGUGACUCCCGGUGCCUGCACUGUGAGCGCAACGUCAACUGCACCCACCCGCACCAGGCCGGGGAGCGGUGCGGCCUGUGCCUCCACUACAUCUGGGACAACACGUGCGCACAUUUCUACGGCCACGAUGGCACCUGCAUCUUCUGCCACGUGCGGCAGGACCCUCCAGCAGACACCAGCACAGCGAGCAAUGGUAACGCUGACAGCGACAGCGACAGUGACAGCCAUACUCAUCAUUCAAUGACCAGCAGCAGUAGUAGCAGUGAGGACGAAGACGAGGAGGAGAAUUGGACGGACUGGGGCAGCAUGGACACCGUGAUCAUCCACGCAGACGACGACGACGACGACGACGACAACGGGGAUGCUGUAUCUGCUGCCAAUGGAGAUGAAGUAGAAGAGAAAGAACAAGAAGUAGAAGGGCAAGAAGUCGCGGGACGAGGGCACGAUGAUGAUGAUGAUGAGGAGGAGGAGGAGGAGGAGGAGGAGGCUGUUCAGCAGGAAGCGGAUGAUGAUGAGGAGGAGGAGGAGGAGGAGGAGGAGGAGGCUGUUCAGCAGGAAGAGGAGGAAGCAGACAUGGAGCAAGUGCGUGAGGUGGUGGAAGAGCAAGCGCGGCAGCAAGAUGCAGUGGCCAUUGUUGUCGAGCACGACACUGACGAUGACGCUGAUGAUGAGGGAGAACACAGUGGUGAUGAAGUAGAGGUGAAGCAGGAGGCACAUGCGCGUAUUUGAAUGACAUUGUUUCAUUGACUUGAGUAAACAAACAACAACCCGCAAGGGAAAAGUAACAGUAUCAAGCGGAAC